CCUGCCGCCGCCGCCAUGAAGCUGCGGGUGCGGCUUCAGAAGCGGACCUGGCCGCUGGAGAUGCCAGAGGAGGAGCCCACGCUGGGGCAGCUGCGUGCGCACCUGAGCCAGGCCUUGCUGCCCACCUGGGGGUACAGUUCUGAUACCCGGUUUGCAAUUACAUUGAACAACAAGGAUGCCCUCACUGGAGAUGAAGAGACCUUGGCUUCAUAUGGGAUUGUUUCUGGGGACUUGAUAUGUUUGAUUCUUGAAGAUGCCAUUCCAGCACCUAACUUACCUUCAUCCACAGAUUCAGAGCAUUCCUCACUCCAGAAUAAUGACCAACCUUCUUUGGCCACCCCUUCCCGUCAGUCCAGCAUACAGGAUGAACAGCGGAGUGAUUCAUUCCAAGGAGAGGCAGCCCAGUCUGAUGUCUGGAAUGAUGAGAGUAUGGCAGGGCCUAGUCAAAAUGUUGAAGCCGAGUCAAUUGAAGAUGUUGUGGAAAUGGAAGAAGGCACAGGUUUCUACCCCUCAGAACCAAUGCUCUGCAGUGAAUCAGUGGAAGGGCAAGUGCCCCAUUCAUUAGAGACUCUGUAUCAGUCAGCUGACUGUUCCAGCUCCAGUGAUGCCUUGAUAGUAUCCGUACAUCUUCUCAUGUUGGAGUCGGGUUACAUACCUCAGGGGACUGAAGCCAAAACUCUGUCCAUGCCAGAGAACUGGAAGUCAGGUGGCGUGUAUAAGCUGCAGUACACGCAUCCUCUCUGCGAGGGCGGCUCUGCUGCUCUCACCUGUGUGCCUUUGGGAAACCAAGUUGUCAUUAAUGCUACACUAAAAAUCAACAGUGAGAUUAGAAGUGUGAAAAGAUUGCAGCUGCUGCCGGAAUCUUUUAUUUGCAAAGAGGAACUAGGGGAAAAUGUAGCCAAGAUAUACAAAGAUCUUCAGAAACUUUCUCGCCUCUUCAAAGACCAGCUGGUGUAUCCUCUCCUGGCUUUUACCCGACAAGCAUUGAACCUACCAGAUGUAUUUGGGUUGGUAGUCCUUCCAUUGGAGCUGAAACUACGGAUCUUCCGACUUUUGGACAUUCGUUCUGUCCUAUCGUUGUCUGCAGUUUGUCGUGAUCUCUUUAUUGCGUCAAAUGACCAACUUCUUUGGAGAUGUUUAUAUCUGCGAGAUUUUCGAGAUGGCACUGUCAGAGUUCGAGACACAGAUUGGAAAGAAUUGUACAGGAAGAAGCACAAACAAAGAAAAGAAGCUCAGAGAAUUCGGCAUAUGAUAUUCCACCCACCACCGUCCCCCCAUCCUCCCCCAUUCUAUCCCAGCCCCUUGCACCCCAGGCCUUUCCCUCCCAGCUCUCUCCUUCCUCCAGGAAUUAUUGGUGGUGAAUAUGAUGAAAGACUAACACUUCCCUAUGUUGCAGACCCAAUCAAUUCACUCAUCCCUGGGCCUGGCGCGGCACCCAGCCAGUUCCCCCCACUCAGACCACGUUUUGAUCCAAUUGGCCCAUUUCCAGGACCUAACCCCAUCUUGCCAGGGCGAGGUGGCCCCAAUGACAAAUUUCCCUUAAGACCCAGCAGGGGUCGGCCAACUGAUAGCCGGCUUCCAUUCAUGUGAUUGAUUUGAAAUCCCACUUCUGGAGCUUGUUUGGUUUUAUUUUAUUUCUUAAAACUACAGAUGUAUUUUGUCGGGAUGCUGACCUCUAGUUUUUCUGAUUGUGGCGGUGAGAAGGUACUCCCAGAAGCCUUUCAGUAGAUAUAGUUAAGGCUCCAGAGGUGGUGUGGCUCAAAGCUUAAUUCAUGACAAGGUUGGCCUUAGGAAUAGUUGGCUACUGACUCCCCUCCUCAGAAUUCCCCUCCAAAAUGAAGAUUGUUCACCGAUAAUGCUCUGUACCAGAUUUUUAAAAAAUUAAGUAUAAAUUACAUGGCAGUCUUGACUUUUAUUACAGAAAGAUAUAUAAUAAAUAUUCAGAACAGCUUUACAACAUUACUUGGACAUUUCAAAAUGAUCAGAGAACCUAUUCACUGUCAUUGGAUUGUUGUGGGGGAUUAAAAAAAAAUUGUAAUGGCAACUUUUCUUCUAAUGAAACAUUUGCAGAAGGCUGAUUUAUAAAUUGAAUAAAAGCAGAGCUAGUUUGGUUGAACUGGACUUUGGACACUCACCAGCUCAGUCCACCUCCUCCCUGGCCCUGCAGCUCUUUCUCAGGUUCCGGGGUGAAACUUAUGGGUUCUGAAGCAGCACUAUUUGAUGGCCAUUGGAUUACAGGGGCUCUUGUGUUGUUGCUGGCUUCUUCUGGAGUGGAGUUAUGAUUUUUUUCCUUGUGUUUUCGACACUUGGUGCCCAAUUUGUCAUCUAAGUAGGUGACCUCUUUUAAUAACAAAGUGUUACUGCUUUGAAUGCUGGUCAGGUACUUGUUCUUCAAAGAUAGCCUCUUAUUAGAAGAACGUUUAUUUUUUUUUAAGACUUAAAAUACACAAAAUUCAAUGUUUAUUUUUUCUACAAGAAAAAGGCCAAACAAAUGUUUUAUCAUACAAACAACUAUGAAACAUGCUAUAGUGACAAAAUCUGAGUCACAACACAGGAACAAAACACUGUUAGUAUCUGCAGAAAGUAUUUCAGAAUAUUGCCAAUGUUUUCUUGCUUUUUUAAAAAAUGUGUUUUGCAUAUAAGGAAAUGGUUUGGAAUGUUACGUGCUGCAAGAAUAUUUUGACUCCUACAUACAUGUGAAAAUUUUUUUUUUUUUGCUAUACAUGCUAGUCCUUUCUUCCGUCACAGUGAAGAAAAUCCAGUUAGUAAUAUGAUUUCCAGAGGCCAGAUCACCUUUAGUAGCUUAAGGUAUAGGUAAUGGAUUGGGGCCAUUGAUGUUUCUGUGGUGUUGGGUGAUAACAGCUGUAGGACAGCUUUUUAAAAACGAGUGUCCUCUGGACGCCUUAUGGCUUUAGUUGGAUCUGGGUUGAGUCAUCCUGAAGCUUUGUUGGGUCCUAAUAUACCCUAGUUCUCCAAUAAACCUCCCUGUUCC